GUGGCUUUGUCCACAUGCAAAGCAGGAGUGGCCUUGCCAAGGCUCCCUUUGUGUCCCUCCUCUUCCUCAAAGCCUUGGAGUUGGUGGUGAAGCAAGAGCGAAGCAUCCCUUCCAGACGCCCAGAGUGAGCUCACAGGUCCGGUUGAGCAAGAGGCGCGGUGGCUUGCUUGCUUCCUUUGCAUGGCUGACUGUCGUGUGUGGCACAACACACAGUCUCCCUUUCUCCUCCUCCUCUUCUCCUCUAUCAAGGUGAGGGAUCUGCAAAGCUGGACAGGUAGAUUCCUGUGGAAUGGUUAACCUGAGGCCGUCUCACCUGGAGCCAAUCACCGCAGCCGAGCCGCCGAGCCACUAAAGAACCCUGUCGCACUUGGCCACAUCCUUUUCCGAGAAAGCCUCUGCUUGGUUUGGACGGACCUCGCAUUGAGGCAUCCUUUCAGCAUGACCUUCUUUGGCAUGGCACCUUUGAACGUUAUCCUCCUCCUCUUUUGCGUCUCUCUGUCUUCCUGCACGGAUCCGGCGCUGAUGGAGAUGAAAGCCUUGCUGUCUUUGGAGCGAGACGGCACUCUGACCCGGAGCUCCGUGGACGCCUUGUUAAAUAUCGCCCGGGACCGUGUGCAAUGCUCCGCAGUGCCGUGCGGAAAGUGCAUUUCAGCACCGGACAUCUUUGCUCUCGUGGAGAAGAACUCCUUGAGCCCGGCCAACCUCACAUCCACGGACAUGGUGCCCUUUUCGGCUGCUUUGCUCUCCUACUUUGCGGAUCCGGAGUCUGCUUGCAAAGCCAAAGCCGAUGCCCUUUGGGUUGCCCGAGUCCGGGAUUUCCAGUCUGGGUUUUCCGAGGGCAAUGCCACCCGGUCGAAGGCGGAGGAGCUGAUGGCGUCCGUCCAGCAGAAUAUCAAAAGCAGCGGUAAAGAAAAGGAGCUUUGUGCUGGAGUGGACCAGAUCCUUGGGAACAGUGCACGGAUCUCCAGCCAUGUGACAUCAGACCCAUCAGGCCGGGUGCUGGUGGCCAUGGCCUUCCAUGCGCUGGACGGUGGCUGCUUCCAUGCGCUCCCUCCUGAGAACUACUUUGUGGAGUUCAUCUUCCAGCGCUACAGCAAUGGGACGCACAACCUCACGCUGGCAGGUCUGACGGAACUCAUGAAGGAGCUGCAGGUCGGCUCGGUAGCUGCGCAUGGACGCCAUGACCAUGAUGGACACAGCCAUGAUGACCAUGAUCAUGAUGGACACAGCCAUGAUGGCCACAGCCAUGAUGACCAUGGACAUGAUGGCCACAAUCACGGUGACCACGAUCAUGAUGGCCAUAACCAUGGUGACCACGACCAUGAAGGCCACAAUCAUGGUGACCACCAUAACCACACACACGAAGGAGAUGUUCAUGAUCAUUCAGAAGGUCAUGCUCAUGGAGAUCAUGGAGACCACCAUCAUGGCAAUGAAACGGAGCACCACCAUGGAGAUGAAAUGGACCACCAUCAUGGCAAUGAAACAGAGCACCACCACAGCCAUGAAAUGGACCACCAUCAUGGCAAUGAAACGGAUCAUCACCACGCCCAUGAUGAAGAAGCAGACCACCAUGUAAACAAAACAGAAAGUCCUAUUGUCCGUCGGAGGAGAAGUCUACCUUCCGCUGGAGACAGUCAAGUCUGGGACACGGUCUGCCUCAGCCCGGAUGAUCUGCUGGAUAUCUAUGGGAUUGAUGCCAACGCAGGGGUCUCCCGCUCCGAAUUGGCCCGCCUGAGCCCGGCUUUGGUGCAAAUGAGGCUCAGCCAGGCCUGCUCCGUCUCCCAAAAAGCUGCUCUUGAUGGCCGGCUCACCACUGCUGAGAAGUACCUCUACGGCUCCCUGGCCACCUUGGUGAUCUGCUUGUGCGCGCUCUUUGGCAUUGUGGUCCUUCUCUGCACUGCCUGCAUCAGCACCUACCAGUACGUCAUCCAGUUCUUCGUCAGCCUGGCCGUGGGGUCGCUGACCGGAGAUGCCAUGCUGCACCUCAUCCCAACGGUCAGUGCACACAGGGACCUGGGUCGCCUUUGUGCUGGAGUGGACCAGAUCCUUGGGAACAGUGCACGGAUCUCCAGCCAUGUGACAUCAGACCCAUCAGGCCGGGUGCUGGUGGCCAUGGCCUUCCAUGCGCUGGACGGUGGCUGCUUCCAUGCGCUCCCUCCUGAGAACUACUUUGUGGAGUUCAUCUUCCAGCGCUACAGCAAUGGGACGCACAACCUCACGCUGGCAGGUCUGACGGAACUCAUGAAGGAGCUGCAGGUCGGCUCGGUAGCUGCGCAUGGACGCCAUGACCAUGAUGGACACAGCCAUGAUGACCAUGAUCAUGAUGGACACAGCCAUGAUGGCCACAGCCAUGAUGACCAUGGACAUGAUGGCCACAAUCACGGUGACCACGAUCAUGAUGGCCAUAACCAUGGUGACCACGACCAUGAAGGCCACAAUCAUGGUGACCACCAUAACCACACACACGAAGGAGAUGUUCAUGAUCAUUCAGAAGGUCAUGCUCAUGGAGAUCAUGGAGACCACCAUCAUGGCAAUGAAACGGAGCACCACCAUGGAGAUGAAAUGGACCACCAUCAUGGCAAUGAAACAGAGCACCACCACAGCCAUGAAAUGGACCACCAUCAUGGCAAUGAAACGGAUCAUCACCACGCCCAUGAUGAAGAAGCAGACCACCAUGUAAACAAAACAGAAAGUCCUAUUGUCCGUCGGAGGAGAAGUCUACCUUCCGCUGGAGACAGUCAAGUCUGGGACACGGUCUGCCUCAGCCCGGAUGAUCUGCUGGAUAUCUAUGGGAUUGAUGCCAACGCAGGGGUCUCCCGCUCCGAAUUGGCCCGCCUGAGCCCGGCUUUGGUGCAAAUGAGGCUCAGCCAGGCCUGCUCCGUCUCCCAAAAAGCUGCUCUUGAUGGCCGGCUCACCACUGCUGAGAAGUACCUCUACGGCUCCCUGGCCACCUUGGUGAUCUGCUUGUGCGCGCUCUUUGGCAUUGUGGUCCUUCUCUGCACUGCCUGCAUCAGCACCUACCAGUACGUCAUCCAGUUCUUCGUCAGCCUGGCCGUGGGGUCGCUGACCGGAGAUGCCAUGCUGCACCUCAUCCCAACGUUCCUGGGCUUGCAUUCCCACUCCCACGGAGAAGGGCAGGACCACCACGGUGCCCAGGGCAGCGAUGCGCUCUGGAAGCUGCUGGCCGUCCUGGGGGGGCUCUACCUCUUCUUCCUCCUGGAGAAGCUCUUCGCCCUUUUGGGGCACGACGACUGCCAGGAGACUUCGGAGUCCAGCAAAGGCCACCAGUGCGACCAUUCCUUGUCUUUGCAGCUGUACCAGGAUGAGAUGAAGAGGAGGAAAAUGGAGAAAGGAGCUUCAAAUGCAGAUUUGGUGGUUGCAGACGAGGCCGAUUUCAGGCAUCUCCAAAAGGAAGAGCUCAGCCGAGAGCUCCGCAUGCUGCCGUACAUGAUCACCAUUGGAGACGCCAUCCACAACUUUGCAGAUGGCCUGGCUGUUGGGGCCGCCUUCUCCUCCUCCUGGAAGACCGGGCUGGCCACGUCCUUGGCUGUUUUGUGCCACGAGUUGCCCCAUGAAUUAGGGGACUUUGCGGCUCUGCUCCACGCCGGCCUGAGCGUCAAACGGGCUUUGCUGCUGAACUUUGUGAGUGCGCUCACGGCAUUCAUCGGGCUGUACAUCGCGCUCUCCGUCAGCACCGGGGAGGAAUUUGAAGCCUGGAUCUUCACCGUGGCCACGGGCCUCUUCCUCUACGUGGCCCUCUGCGACAUGCUGCCAGCGCUGAUGAAUGCGCAUUGCAAGCGACCCUGGCUGCUGUUUUUCCUGCAGAACUUGGGCCUGCUGUCCGGCUGGGCCAUCCUGCUGCUGCUCUCCCUUUUCGAGGACCACAUCGCCCUCUGAGCUCAUUUCCCCCAAAGGUCUGUCUUUCUAUGGACCGAACAUCACCGAAAAGCACGCCUCUCACCGUCCGUCCGCAGAGGCUGCGAGUUCAAAUCCACACUUUGACGGAGACUGGAGACACAAUACGGGGUGCGGAAAUAUUGGGGAGAGGCCGAGCAAGGCUGCAUUGCAAAACCUUGCAGAAAUGGGACCAACGGGGUGAUGCCCAUAUAGGGCUGCCCCAUCCGGACUAGAAGUAUUUAGCUUUUUACUAUGUGCAGUUUUCAAGGCAACGUUCUCGCCUCGAGCUUCUUCCCUUCCCAUUGGAAAUAAGGAUAAAAGACCCAUACAUGCAAGAUGCCCUUUGCAAGACACAUCUGAAUGUGAAUCACAUGAAAUCGUUAUCAUCAUCAUAAAUGCAAUUUGCAAGGCAGCGCUCUUGCCCUGAGGUUCUUCCCUUGAGAUGCCAUUCACAUUGAAGAAUAAUAAUAAUAAUAAAAAUGCGUACAUGCCAUUGGAUGCAGUUCACAUGAUAAAAAUACAUACACCGAUUGAGUCACCGAUUGGCUGAGAAAGGCGGUAUACAAAUACAGUAAACAAACAAACAAACAAACAAAUAAGUAAACAUACACGACAUUUGCAUUUUCUGAUACACAUUUGGAUGCUAUUUACACUAAUAAUAAUAACAAUAAAGUUCAUACACACCAUAUGCAUUUUCAAUGCACAUUUGGAUGCCAUUCAGGUUAGAAAUAAUAGGAUACAUACAUAUAAUUUGCAUUUUCAGUGCACAUUUGGAUGCCAACCACACUGAAAAUAAUAAUAAUAAAGCAUUUUCUGAUACACAUUCAGAUGCUAUUUACACUAAUAAUAAUAACAAUAAAGUUCAUACACACCAUAUGCAUUUUCAAUGCACAUUUGGAUGCCAUUCAGGUUAGAAAUAAUGACGAGAUACAUACAUAUAAUUUGCAUUUUCAAUGCACAUUUGGAUGCCAACCACAUUGAAAAUAAUAAUAAUAAAGCAUUUUCUGAUACACAUUCGGAUGCUAUUUACACUAAUAAUAAUAACAAUAAAGUUCAUACACACCAUAUGCAUUUUCAAUGCACAUUUGGAUGCCAUUCAGGUUAGAAAUAAUGACGAGAUACAUACAUAUCAUUUGCAUUUUCAAUGCACAUUUGGAUGCCAACCACACUGAAAAUAAUAAUAAUAAAGCAUUUUCUGAUACACAUUUGGAUGCUAUUUACACUAAUAAUAAUAAUAAAGCACAUACACACCAUAUGCAUUUUCAAUGCACAUUUGGAUGCCAACCACACUGAAAAUAAUAAUAAUAAAGCAUUUUCUGAUACACAUUUGGAUGCUAUUUACACUCAUAAUAACAAUAAAGUUCAUACACACUAUAUGCAUUUUCAAUGCACAUUUGGAUGCCAUUCAAGUUAGAACUAAUAGGAUACAUA